AUGCUGCCGCUUUGCAGAAAGGGCGUUCAAAUAGCCGAAAGUUCGCAUGUCUCGGAAAGAAUGGAAAUUUGGUUCUAUGAUGAGUAUGACCAGCCGACAAUUCUUUUACCGGAAAAUGUUCCGCAUAGCCAGCUGCAAAAUGUUACCCAAUCUGAACUAGACAAAGCGCAAGCAGAAGAUCUGAGCCAUUACGUGCGGGAAACGUAUGAUGUUAUUAUUAUGCAAGUUGGUGAUACAGGGGUGGGAAAGUCAUCUCUUUGUCAAGCUCUAACGGGUAAACUUGGCUUUAGACACGGCAAUCUGAAUGGCACAGCAUUGCCGCCGAGAGCUGGUUUUAUUCACAUACCCACAAAUCAGUAUUUACCAUCCGAUAAACAAUUACGCUAUGUAAUUAUUGAUGGGCCUGACUUAAACCAGGCUGUCGUAGAUAGAACUAGGAAUCUUUAUUUUAUUCGCAUGAAGGAAGACAUGGGUAACUUCGAAACACAGUUAGAAGUUGACCAUAUCGCUCAAUUGAUCGUUGAUUUAACAAAGAUGAUGACAAUAUGUCUUUUGAGAUCUUUAUUUUAUUCGCAUGAAGGAAGACAUGGGUAA